AUGAGCCUCGACUUGCGCCAUCAUCCCGCCCUCGCCCCCUACGCCGACUUUACAUUUGCCCUCACAGCGCCUCCUCCCCCUUCCCCGACCAAGUCUACCCCAGCUGUCAAGUAUCAGGUCCUCAUCCCAUCGCCAUCAACCGUUCGUUCAGUCGACCCCGAUCCAAAACUCUACUUGUCCUCAUUCCUGCUCGACCAUGGUUCAGUCACUGUCUCGCGCAGCGACCUCGUACGCGUCCUCGACCUCCUUCUAUCGCGGUAUGCCGAGGCGGCAGACCUCGUUGCACAAGUCACCAAGACGAUGGCUGAACCGCUGGGCAAGCCCGACGCAGCUUGGUGUCUAGAGAUCCACGGGGCUGCGGAGGAGGUUGCGCGCAGGCGCCUUGAGAUGGCUCGCACAUUCAACCGCGAGCUCAUGCGCCUCGCAGACCUCGAAAGGACAGGCCACCCGCCUCGUGGAUGGAAGACAUUCUCGCGUCCGGGUAAGCGAGCAGCUCGGAAGAGUCGGUCCGUCCCCUCUUCGGUGUCCGAGGACGAGACGGAGAUUCCAGAAGGCAGUUUAUCGCCGCUGCGUCGCCCGUCGCCAGCACCCCGUAUGCGCGAGGAUAACAACACGGAUUGGACUGGAAGCAUGCAGUGUAGGGGCAUCCACUUUGUCAGCGAGUGGGUGUUUCGAGUCGCACGACUCAUUGUCGCCGAAGGAUUCCCGGGAGUCCAAGAGGAACGCGAUACGCAUAUCCUUGAGAACGCAAGGGCCGAACUCGCACACCUCCAACACCAUAUGGGCAAUGUUAACCGGACACGAUCGCCCCCUCCACCUCCGCCCUAUCCGGCACCACGCUCGCGUACAAUCUCCCUUUCCAGAUUCCGGUCGUCGCCGAGCCCCUCGCCGACACCUCCGCCCGAGAAGCAGACAAAGGCCAACAGUCAGAUGACCGACAAGGACAAGGCCAGCUUGUAUGACUACGUCCGCCGCCUCUUAGUCGGCUAG